UCUCACGCGCCCAACUCGUUGCGAGGGACAGCCGUUGGGGGCUUUUUCUGUUCUCCGGUUUCUUCUUGUCCAGGUUGACAUUUCGGUACCCAAAUGAGUCGCGCCCACUUCUUCUAACACUAACGCAGCACCAGACCUGAUUUUCUGGAUCUGCUCUACGCCGGGGAAGAAAGGUGAGUUCAUCUUUUCCUUUUAAAGGAUUUUUUCGGACUGAUUCUGGAUCUGGUUUUGCUUUCCGUCCUCGGGGCUACCUCAACUGGAAAACAACUGAUGCCUCUACAAAAGCAUUAACGGUCAAAGAAACUGGUGUAAACGUUGGAACAAAACGCAAGUUGAAGAUUCCCCUCCCACACGGCCUGCCAGUGUGUUUUUUCUUCCACCCCCUGCAGUUGUCAAGUCGGUGCCCUAUUGGGAAAUGGACAAACCCCAUUGAAGACGCUUCCCAGCCGUACCGACAAAGAUACAGGACGUGAUUUGGACGAGAAUUCGCUAAGAAAAGUGUGAAGCCAACAGAACAUGUUUUCUCCCCUGUUUCCAUGGUGAUCAAGAGGAGCAUGCACCUCCAGGUCAGGAGUUAACCACAGCGUUUGGCUCCUCCACCUGCCUUCUGUGAGAACUACACUACCCACAAUCCUCUGAGAAUUGACCCAGUCAACAUUCAGACCACUUCAACAAAGACACUCAGUGGAAAAACGCUGCUGUGAAGACGACCAACAUGGCCAACAAUACAGUGGACCAUCCUCCAGGAAAUUCGGUUGCUGAAGGUAACCAUGACGGGGACUUUGGGUUGACCUUGGAGGAGCUGAGGGCUCUCAUGGAGCUGCGAAGUGCCGAGGCUGUCAACAAGGUCCGGAAUGAUUAUGGAGAUGUGCAGGGCAUAUGUCGCCGCCUGAAGACAUCACCAAUAGAGGGUCUGUCUGGUAACCCUGUUGAUUUAGAGAAACGUCAUACAGCAUUUGGAAUGAACUUCAUCCCCCCAAAGAAGCCCAAGACGUUCCUGCAGCUGGUGUGGGAAGCUCUACAAGAUAUCACACUCAUUAUCCUGGAAAUCGCUGCAGUCAUCUCGCUUGGCCUGGCCUUCUACCACCCACCAGGGGACAGCAAUGAAGAUUGUGGUAACGUUGCAGGAGGCGCAGAGGAUGAGGGGGAGGGGGAGGCUGGCUGGAUCGAGGGAGCAGCUAUUCUGUUCUCUGUCAUCAUUGUGGUCCUGGUCACAGCCUUCAAUGAUUGGUCCAAAGAAAAGCAGUUCCGUGGGCUUCAGAGCCGCAUUGAACAGGAACAGAAGUUCACGGUGAUCCGCAAAGGUCAGGUGAUCCAGAUCCCUGUAGCAGAGAUCGUGGUCGGAGACAUCGCCCAGAUCAAAUACGGAGACCUGCUGCCUGCUGAUGGGAUUCUGAUCCAAGGCAACGACCUGAAGAUUGAUGAGAGCUCUCUGACCGGAGAGUCUGACCAGGUUCGGAAGUCUCUGGAGAAGGACCCAAUGUUGCUGGCUGGGACCCAUGUCAUGGAAGGAUCUGGCAGGAUGGUGGUGUCAGCUGUCGGUCUCAACUCUCAGACUGGCAUCAUCUUCACCCUGCUCGGCGCCAGCGAGCAUGAUGAAGAGAAGAAGGUCAAGAAAAGUAAAAAACAAGGACCCCCUGAAAAUCGCAACAAAGCUAAGACUCAGGAUGGCAUCGCCCUGGAGAUCCAGCCGCUGAAGAGUGAGGAGGCUGCCGAGUCGGAGGAGAAGGAGGAGGUCAAACAGGUCAAGAAGGUCAAUGUGACUAAGAAGGAGAAGUCUGUGCUGCAGGGCAAACUAACCAGAUUGGCUGUACUGAUCGGGAAGUUUGGUCUGUUCAGUUCGGCUAUCACCGUCAUCAUCCUCAUCCUCUACUUUGUGAUUGACAUCUUUGGGAUCCAGGGUCGGUCCUGGGUGGCUGAGUGCACGCCCAUAUACAUGAAAUAUUUUGUCAAGUUCUUCAUUAUUGGUGUGACGGUGCUGGUGGUCGCUGUUCCUGAGGGAUUGCCGCUCGCCGUUACCAUCUCUCUGGCCUAUUCUGUCAAGAAAAUGAUGAAGGACAACAACUUGGUGCGCCACCUGGACGCUUGCGAGACCAUGGGCAACGCUACAGCAAUCUGCUCAGACAAGACGGGCACGCUGACCAUGAACCGCAUGACUGUGGUGCAGGCAUACAUCGGCGAUACUCACCACAAGACUGUUCCCGAACCUGAUGCCAUCAAACCAGAGACGCUGGAAAUGAUGGUCAACAGCAUUUCCAUCAACUCGGCAUACACCACCAAGAUUCUGCCUCCAGAGAAGGAGGGCGGUCUCCCCCGCCAUGUUGGCAACAAGACUGAGUGCGCUCUCCUUGGCCUGGUAUUGGAUCUCAAGAGGGACUAUCAGCCAAUCAGAGAAGAGAUCCCUGAGGAGAAACUCUACAAAGUUUACACCUUCAACUCCUCCCGCAAGUCCAUGAGCACGGUGCUGAAGAACGCUGAUGGAGGCUUCCGCAUGUACAGCAAAGGAGCAUCAGAGAUUGUCCUGAGAAAAUGCUCUCAUAUCCUGGACAGCCAGGGUCAGCCUCGUGUGUUUAAACCGAAGGACCGUGAUGAGAUGGUGCGUAAGGUGAUUGAACCAAUGGCGUGCGACGGCUUGAGGACCAUCUGUGUGGCGUACAGGGACUUUCCUGCUGAAGCUGGAGAGCCUAAUUGGGACAACGAGAAUGAUAUCCUUAAUGAGCUCACCUGCAUUGCUGUGGUGGGCAUUGAGGAUCCUGUCAGACCUGAGGUUCCAGAGGCUAUUGCUAAGUGCCAGCGUGCAGGAAUCACAGUCCGUAUGGUCACUGGAGACAACAUCAACACCGCCCGUGCGAUUGCAACCAAGUGUGGCAUCCUGCAACCUGGAGAAGACUUUCUGUGUUUGGAGGGCAAGGAGUUCAAUCAGCAGAUCAGAAACGACAAGGGAGAGGUGGAACAAGAACGUCUGGACAAAGUUUGGCCUAAACUACGUGUUCUGGCUCGAUCAUCGCCAACAGACAAGCACACUCUGGUCAAAGGCAUCAUCGACAGCACAGUGGGAGAAACCCGACAGGUGGUGGCGGUGACAGGAGACGGUACUAACGACGGCCCCGCCCUCAAGAAAGCUGAUGUUGGCUUUGCCAUGGGAAUCGCUGGCACAGAUGUAGCAAAAGAAGCAUCUGACAUCAUCCUGACUGAUGACAAUUUUACCAGCAUCGUCAAGGCCGUCAUGUGGGGGAGAAAUGUCUAUGACAGCAUCUCAAAGUUCCUGCAGUUCCAGCUGACCGUCAAUGUGGUGGCCGUGAUCGUGGCGUUCACCGGCGCCUGCAUCACACAGGACUCUCCCCUGAAGGCAGUCCAGAUGCUCUGGGUCAACCUCAUCAUGGACACUCUGGCGUCUCUUGCUCUGGCCACUGAGCCGCCAACUGAAUCCCUGCUGCUACGGAAACCUUACGGCCGUGACAAGCCUCUCAUCUCCAGGACCAUGAUGAAGAACAUUCUGGGUCAUGCUGUGUAUCAGCUCAUCACCAUCUUCACCCUCCUUUUUGCUGGUGAGACCAUGUUCGACAUCGACAGCGGCCGCAACGCUCCUCUGCACUCACCGCCGUCUCAGCACUACACCAUCGUUUUCAAUGUGUUCGUCAUGAUGCAACUGUUCAAUGAGAUCAACGCCAGGAAGAUCCAUGGAGAGAGGAAUGUGUUUGAAGGCAUCUACAAGAACCCCAUUUUCUGCAGCGUUGUACUGGGGACCUUUGCCCUGCAGAUCAUCAUUGUUCAGUUUGGAGGGAAGCCCUUCUCCUGCACGGCUCUGACCAUCGACCAGUGGCUGUGGUGUGUGUUCAUCGGUGUGGGAGAGCUGCUGUGGGGACAGCUGAUUUCGGCCAUCCCAACUCACCGUCUAACGUUCCUGAAGGAGGCUGGACAUGGCAUCACUAAGGAGGAGAUCCACAAGGAGGUGCUGACGGAGGACACGGAUGAGAUUGAUCAUGCAGAGAUGGAGCUGAGGAGAGGCCAGAUCCUCUGGGUCAGAGGUCUGAACCGCAUCCAGACGCAGAUUAAGGUGGUGAACGCAUUCCGUAGCUCCCUGUUUGAGCUGGAGAGCCCACAGUCCCGUAGCUCCAUCCACAACUUCAUGGUCCAUCCUGAGUUUGCGCCACUGUCCGAGGAGGCACCUCGCUUCUCCGUCGAGGGGACGGGAGACUUUAUUGAAUCCGUCUCCGACUCCUCGCCUGGGACCAGUGGAGGAGGAGAGCCUCCCAGUGCCGUCUCUCACAGCCACAAGUCAUCCAUUUGAUCUUUUCCUCCCUCCUCUUCAUCAGCCCCUUCAGUCACCCUCCCAACUGAACUGUCACACUGAGGAGGGAAGUCAUGACUCUGCUCAUCUCCUCAUCCUGCACACAUCCAUGUUUCGCAUUUGUUCACCUCCCUCCAUCAUUCCUGCAUCGUUGUGUUUUUAAUACUGACUGUGGUGUUGUUCUGCCUGUAAGUUUGUCCUCCACCUCCCACCUCACACGAGUCAGUGGGUGGAGUCCAGAGUCUCCACUGUGGAGGGCCUGUUCCACUUCAUGUUUUCUUUCUACUUGACGAUCCUUUUGAAAAGCUUUGAAGAUGUUUUGGGUUCAGUUUCUGCCAGACUCUCAGCAGCAUGUCUUGUUCUGUAUUGGCUUCAUUCUUUUUGUCCUCAACAGCGAUACCGACCUUUUCAGAGUGCAGCGAUUAUGAUGUACAUAUGCUUCCGCUCUUCUACAUAGCUGUAAGUUGGGUUUGUUGAUCCCAAGAUUUUUAGGCAAAUGGAAACAUGUAACCUUUUUCUUUUUCCUGUUUUUUGUUUUUCAGAUGUUGACCAUUUGUUUGUUUUUAAAGCAUUAAUGAAUGCUCACUGCUGGUUAACUGAAACUUCAGAGAAUGUCUUGUGACACUACAAUUGUUCAAGGUUCAGAUGUUAAAACUGUUCUUCUCUUUAUCGUUUGUUCGUGUUGGUUUUCCUUUAGUUGCUGUGUUGCAUGUGGAAGGAAGGAAUGUUUACUUCCCAAAAUGACCAAACAUGGCAGCAUCCAGAGAGGGAUAGCUUUCUACUCUGUGGGGGUCUGAUCUCAUCCCCCAACAACCCCACCAGUAUGUGUCCAUAGGUUGUGGUUGAUGAGUCCCCCUGAAAUAGGAUGCAUGUCUUGUUUCGUUCAUGUUGAGUCGCAUGAUAAGUUAGGAAUGAAUCUUCUGUUUGUGUUAGACUGCAGCAGGGUCUGUUCAGAGCUCCGUUAGCUUAGUCUCUGCAUAUCUGAACAUCCCACUACCAGAACCAGGCUCAUCGACACUCCUACGAUGGGAAGGAAAGUUUCAGGGCUGUGAAAUGCUGAUUGGCUGGCAUCUGCUCGGUAUUGUGUUCAGUUUGGAGUCCAUCCUCACUAACAGGAACUGAAGGCAGAAACAUACUUUGUAUUCUUUUGCUGUGGUCACAUCACAGGUAGAUCUGUUUAAAAGAAGGCACUACAUACACACUUGUAGACCAGCAGUCCUUCCUACAGCCCACUUCCACCCAGCAGCUCGACCACCCUAAACCAAAUCAAUGUUAAAAACAGGCAAUUAUCCACAACACUUUAGAGAUCAGGGAUCAACAAUCCUCACCAAAAAACAAGUAUUUAUGCUCUCUUCUGUUCCUUUUUCCUGGUUGUCGUCUUUGCUCUGGCAAAUUGGACAUUGUUUACAACAUCCAUCCCUCAACAGGUGGGAUGAAUGCAACUUCAGUUCAGAUUAACUUCCCUCUCCGUCAUCAGUUCUUUACACCGCCCCCCUCAGCCUCACUAUGCUUCCCCCUCUGGCCUGUUGGCUCGCUCAUGCAAAAUAUUGGUUUCAUAACUUCACAAAGAUGAAUGAAGGAUAGGAAGCAACCCCUGAGAGAUGUGGAGACCUACCAAAAAUGUAAUCAUCUAGAUAGUCUGCUGUUUUCUGUCAUGCAGACGAGCAUCAGCUGCACUGCCGUGCUGCGAGGAAGUUUGUGUAUGUUGCUUUGAAACGCGACCAUAGCAGAGUUUAAAGAGACAUUUAAAACUCGCCGAUUGAUCAGUCUGCUCAGUUCCAGCAGGAUUAGGUAAACGGAGCUUUGGACAGUCUGGACCGCCUACCUGUGUUAAAGACAAAUCUUAGUACCACUGCUUAGGCUUUUGUCAGAUUUCUGAAGAGAGAUUAAAUCGCACAGCUAGCAGCAGAGAAGGUGUUUGAUUAUCAUCAGCUCUGUCCGCUCUGCAGCAUUUGUCAGAUGUCAGCAUGGCAGCCAUGAGUUUUAUGGGAGACUGAUCCAGUGGUUCUUCCUGCUCCGCGCUGUCUGUAGAUUCUGGUUGUAAAAGAAGAAAUCGUCCUGCCGUCAGAGGCAGCGAUGUGUGUGAUCCCCUCCAAGUCUGAUGAGCAGCUGUCAACCUGUCACCUUACUGAAGUAAUGUGCUACUACUGCCAUAUUUCCAAGUUUUUUCUCAUGACUCGGUUAUUCUCCUCCCCUCUGAGGAGCUUUUUCUAUGUACUCAGAGCCAUAUUUUCUAGGGUGUUGUUUUCUGUCAUUGUUAUUGAGGUCCCUCUCCCCAGUCCCCCGGCCCUUUACUCAAAACACGACCAAAAAACAUGGAGAAAUGUUCAGUUGUCACUGCCGAUCCACGUUUAAGGACCUCUACAAUGUUUACAUGAAAAGUGAGACGUUAGCAGUUCGCCUGCACUACUUUCAUCCGAACACUUCCCUCCUUCAUUCCCUUUCUUUCCUGAUCUUAGAGUUACUAUUUAACUGAAUGGGAAAUCUUUCUUGCAUGGUUUUCAUAUAAAAUUCAAUGUUUUGCUCAUUUUUUACAAUUCUUCUGUAUUUUUAUAUUAAGUACUUUUUAAUAUUUUGGAGAUAUAUGAAUAUAUAUGUAUAGGCUGAAGGGUUUGGUGACAGUACAUGAAUGAGAUUAAUCUACCGUGGACUGUCUUUUUACAGCUCUGAAUGUUUAUGCCACGUGUGUUGUCUUGGUCACCUGAUGUUAGGGCUCAGAAACUUGCAGUGACUUGUUUACUUCCUGUUGACAAAUACAAAUUGGAAUCUGAACAAUUUAGCCUCGUCAGCCCCCUUUUAAAUAAAAAACUAGUUAGAAGAUUUUGUAACAACCGCACACUAUGUGAUUUAUUCAACUACAUUAGAGUUCAGCAAAUGCAACUUGAAUACAGCUAACUGUGUCAAACAUUAAAUGGGAGUGUAUAAUUAUUUAUCCAACAUCUGGGUUUGUUUGUUUCUCUACUUUGAAGCUUCUGCAACAAAUGUUCCUUGAGUGAGUGAAUUAAUGCUGUUUUCCAGCUGGCAGGUGUCAGUCAAUGACUUCAAAGCGGAUUGGAGCCGUGUCCUGCCUUAGGCCCCGCCUCCCACCCAACACCUGCCCUUCCUCAUCCAAAACAACCCCCCACCCCAACCCCGUCUCCUGGGAAUCAAAGUGAGGAAGUGAUCUGUUUACAGUCUGUUGUGGGCUCCAGCACAAAGCAGGACCAAACCAGAAAACCAAACUGGACCCAACUUACAUUUUAGCUUUUUAGGACUUUGCUAAUCUUAGUGCAGUUUUAUAAAUUUUGUCAUAAAUCCAAAAGAAGCAAGAGGACAGUUGGAUCAGGUCUGGACUAUGUUGUAGGGGCUCUUAUACACCAAGUUGACAUCUGGAGCAUCUGUGAACAUCUGGCUCUCUUCUCAUUGGUUCUGUUUGACCUUUUUCCAACUGAUUGAUUUAGUUGGGUUGGUGUUAGGGUUCUCACCACUGGUUCAUGCUGUCACUUUGGUUUACAAGGCUCUGAUUAGACUGAAAAUAAUUAAAACCUGGUCUGACUUUGGGCCCAGGUCCACACUAACUCAUAAAAAAGCUUCUUUUUUCAGGGAUUUAAACAAAAACCUGAUAAUUUAUCUAUGAAUGUGUCUGUUUACAUAUGAUGGAUGUGGAGUCUCGGCCACGGUUCUGGACCUGGUUUUGUCCUUUAAGUCCAAGCACAUUGAGGGAAAAGAGCUUCAUUCCUUUGUUAUCAGAUUCAGACCCUGAUGGAGGCGGAGUCUGUGGCAGGACACAGCUCCACCUGUAGAAGUCUUUAGUGCACGCUUCAGAAAGUGUAAAAGUGCUCGCGACAUCACUUCCUCUUUCUGCCACGUGUCUGUUGGCUCCAAACAGGACAUGCUGCUUUUGUCCUGCGCUACUACAGUCGGUGCAGGGGGAAUGUUGUCAGACGAGUGAAUGCAGCGUUCCUGCAGGGGGCAGUCAGCCAAUCACCACCCAGCAUAGCUUUAAGAACGCUUUCAGAGUGUCCUUUUAUUUUGGUCGCCUCCCUCCCUCCCGCCACGGCUCUGGUGUUCUGUUGGGCUGAUUGGACUGGUUGCCCUCACGGCCAGCUGUGACCCGUUUGUGUUUCUGCUUUCAACCACAUCACAGAUUGAACCGUCCGGACGAGACUCAGCAGCAGACUGAACAUUUUCACCUGGAUUUUAGUUUUCUGGGAGAUCUUGUUUGAACUUGAACAUGUCCGUUUGCCACAGUUUUCCUUCAGGACUUGUGUGUCGGAGGAAUUCGCUUCUUAUUCAGCCUGUGUUGCUUCCUCUUCAGAGCACUGCCUUUCUCAGAACAGCUUCCUGUUGGCGUAUGUUAAGAAAUCCUCUGGGGAACCUUCAAAAUUCACAGCGGGUUCAGACAAACUGGAAUUACACAGUUGGAAGACAUAAGCACUUAUAUAUCUAUAUAUUUAUAUAUUCUAUCUGUAUAUUUAUGUCUGACGUGUUAGAUAUAAAUUCACAGAUAUAUUUGGUUCUCAGUUGAACUUCAUUGCAAAAAAGACUGAAAAGUUUUUGUUUCUGUAAUUAACUAUGAUACCAGUACUAGGCGUUGGUGUUAUUUUUGUAUAAACAUGAUAUCAUCUAUGUGGCAUGCAUGACAUAUAUACACAAUUUGGUGGUUUAAAGCAAUAUGUCCAACCUGGUGCGAUUGGUUCCGUCGUGUCCUGUGUAGCCUAAAGCCACUCUGUACGAAAAAGAGGAAAAAAAAAAAGAAAAAACUACAAAAAGAGAAACUGCUUUUGGAGAAAACUAACUGUUCAGUAUCCGUGUUCAAUGUUCUGUGUUCUGCAUGUUUUAGUAUGGAAUGAAACAUCCCAAAUGUUGACUUGUUUCCAAAUGAAUUCCAGACAUGUCCCAAACACAUGCAUCAUUUCAUACACUUUGAUUUGCACUGUGAGGUGAAACACACUGAGGAAAUCGAACCUGUGAGACCUCUGAUGGAUGGAUUGAUGAAAGAUGGAUUCCUUGUUUUGUUUUUCAUCAUCCUCAUGUCCACCCAUCAACCUCCUCUCCCUCCUUCUGUCAUGCCGCUCGGCCUGAACUCCUCUCCCACUCAUCAGCCUCUGCUUCCACCCACCUUCACAUCCACUGGUCCUCGUCAGCUGGGGUGGGUCCGCUCAGCUUGAUGAUUUGAAGACCAACUUUGUCCAUCUGAACUUUACAAUAUUGAAUAAUCUGCUUUUUCAUUUCUGUCAUAAAAUCACAUAAAAUGUUUGCUUUAAUUUC